GGGACCAACAUGAAUUUUAUGUAGUUCCGCCGACAGUAAACAACCAAUGCAGUUCCCCCACACACAGAGCCAAUAUCUGACAUCGACCAAUAAUUAGCGGGCCAGAACAAGGCAGAUCCACCGCUGCUUGCAACAGCACCAACACUUGUAGCGGUUCGAAAACAGACAUGAACAAAGAUUGAAUGAGCAGAUAGCGAGAUCAGCUCACCUGCCAGCGCUGCGGUGAUGGAGAACAUCGAGGAGCUCUCGCCUCUGCGGAUCACCGCUACAGUGCGAGCGCUCAGCUCCGCACUGCGAGGGAAGCGUGAGCACGUCCACGGCACCAGCCGUGGGAAAGGCGACAGGAUGUUCCCCGAACCGGAGAAGCUCUGGUUUAAGGAGAGCAGCGCCAAAAACCUGCGAAACAGGGACUUCUUGUCACCGAGCACGAUGCUCAACACGCUGUAUGCGGGCGGAAAGGUUCCUCCAGCAGUGAUGUCCCGUGUCCUGUCGCUACGUGGCAGUGGGGUACUUCCUGUGGCAGGUGGGGAGGUGAUGGGCGAGGGCUUAAGGCUGCGAGUGGACCGGGUUGCAUCAUUCAGGGCUGUCCUGGCAGGUGGAACCACCGAGUAUCUAAAGCCCUCGAGUCAGAUGGAGGGCUGGGUGGUGCUCAACUGUCCUGCGCUGCACCCUAAACCCAACACACCCACUCCUGACACACUGAGCCUGGGCCAGCUGAGAACUGUUCUACUGGCUAACCACAUUGGGACACUGUUUAGGAGAAAAGGAUUUGAGGUGUACUUCUGCCCAAAUCUUCCUGAGGACAGCGAUGUUGCCACCUUCCUUCAGGCUCUGGGCAUUGAUUGGCCGACUGCUCCAGCUAACUGGACGAAUGAUGAGCGGGAGGAGAAGAUCCAGAAAGCUCUAGAGAACUCUCCUUACAGAGAAAAGGGAACAGAGAGAGGCAGAAGGACCAGUGGGGGAGGAGGUAGAAAAGCUGUGGAGGAGGAGAACGAAGGAGGGCUCAGGAUUAAUUUGAAACAGGUUUUCCAAGAGGAGGGGCUGGUAGGGUACGACCCCACCCUGGGCACCUGCAAAGUGCACAGAGACAGCCUUUCCCACCUGGCACAACUGGAUCUAUCCACAGCUGACAUCACAGGAACCAUGGCAACAGUGCUGCAUGUGACUUCUUGUCAGGAUGAGUUUCGCCAGCAGCAAAUAGCAAUCCUAUGGAGAGCCAGCGGAGCAACACACAGUCAGAGACAUCUUGUGUGUGGUCCUGUGAAGACCCCCGGUUCUCACCUUACUGCUGCACAGUACCUUCAGCUGAGAAAAGGUCAGAUGAAAGAGGCCUCUGAGAUGAAGUAUGGAGAUAAAAUAGAGGGUCAGACCUGGGAUGACAUCAUCAAAGUCAUGACCUCUGCCACGGUCAGAUUUGAGCUACUAUCAACUGUUCACUCAAGUCCUGUGACACUGGACGUCCAGAGGGAAGGGGGCGUGUCAACCAAAGGGCCAAGAGGAGGCGUGUUUGUGAUGUAUAAUUGCGCCAGACUGCACACUUUGUUCGACAGUUACGAGAGAGGAGUGGAGAAGGGUCUGUACCCAGAAAUCCCUGAUGGGUCCCAGCUUGACUUUUCUGCUCUAAAAGAAGAGGGUGAGUGGCUUUUGCUCUUCAAUUACAUCAUUCCUUUCUCGGAGCUGCUCGACCAAUCAGGACAAGCGUUAGAUCGUGAAGGAGGAGGAGCCAGAGUGAACAUUAAAACUGAACAAAUCUGUAAAUUUCUCGUCUCGCUCAGUAAGGACUUCAGUUCCUACUACAACAGAGUCCAUGUGCUCGGGGAGCCAUUACCUCACCUCUUCAACCAGAUGUUUUGUCGUCUCCAUCUGCUAAGAGCCUUGAGGGAGCUCUACCACAGUGCUCUGGAGACCCUUAACCUCCCCCCCAUCAGGCAACUAUAGCCUCAACAUAAUCCCCUCAUCCCUCACAGUUAGCUUCACCCACACCACCCUUUUCCUCAGCUCUUACCUGUAUGUUGUGUAUCCGGUUGAGACUCAGUGUUACAGAUUAUUGUACAAUUUCACCUGCUUCUACAGCUCCCUGUCAGUGUUCGUGGACGUUCUGGAACUGAAUAUUUUAUAAAUGUCAUUGUUGGAUAGCUGUUUGGUUAAAGAUGAACUGUUUUAAAGGAAUAAUUUGGCAUUUUGACUUGUAAAUGAGUGUAGAUAUCAGAUGUUCUAUGCAAGAAGGUCUACCUCUUGCUAACGUCUUAUCCAUUUUAUUCCAUACUUGCUUGUCUUACGUUUUUAUGGAAGCUGAUUUUCUCACUCUCACUGUCUUAAUGAGAAACUCAUGAAUCAAAAAUGUCAAAGUAGUCUUUUACCUGUUUAUAUCAGCACUCCUGGGACCAGAACCUUGACAUGAGAAUAGACUAAUCUGCUCUGUCUCAGUGAGCAUUUUUUUGAAGUCCAAACUUGUUUCUGCAACAGCCCUACUGACUGAUAUGUUCUCUGACUCAAUAUCACGCUGAACCAAAUAGCUCUACUUUAAUAUUUGUGCCAAAACCAUAGUAAUAUAAAUCUCCCAACCAACAUGUGGCAAGGUUUAACUCUCUAAAACCUGCCUUAAUGUCUCUGGAUAUGCUUUUCGAUCUACAUCAACUUCGAUCAGAUGAGUUUUGUGUGUUUUAGGACAAAUUUGAUCGAAUUAGAGUCUGAAAGAUUGAUAUUUGUGGAUGAUUUUUGGUCCAACCAAACUGCUCACCUGCCAUCAGCAGUACAGUUUUCAUGUUGGCAGAGUAAACCUGUUGUAUUUAAAGUUUUAUUUUGCAUUCUGAUGUUUGUGCUGCUUAAAUGAUCUGAUGUAAAUGUAACAGGUCAUUAAAACCGUAGUUCUAAAGAAACAAACUGAUUUUAAAUUCAGGAUGAUGCAGUAUAUAGACCAUUCUGCAUUUACACAGUGCAUGUAUUAGCACCACUAGUUAAUCUCUUAUAGAAUACUAACGUGAGCUCACACUCCAAAGAUUACAGAAAUCCAACCUUUCACUCAGUUUAUUUAUUUAGAUGGGAGAAAGGUUCUGCAUCCAUGCGUAGGAUAAUCUGAACCAGAGGCCCAUUUAGUCUUUGGCACUUUUCAAAAUGGGAAAGAGAAAACAAAACAAAAUUAAGAUAGGUUGAUUUUCAUGUGACAAAGUAGCUGUUCAUCCAAAUGUGCUCUAAAUUCACAACCAGAGCAGUGAUUUAAAAGGUUAAAACUAUAACGAACAAGACUCACCCAGGACCAAGUUCAUCUCACCUCCAAAACACAGUGAGGAGGAUGAUCAGGGAGGUAGAGCUCAAUGUUGGGAGAAGUGCAGCUAUUUAUUCCAGUCUAAAAGAUGAAAGAUUAUGUUGAGGCUAUACCAGGGUGCCAGUAAAUGUGGAUGUUGCUGUACAUACGUAUGUAGUGUCACUUUGUUUCGUUUCAGUUCCGUCACACUGGGUUCAUCUUUGUCUGUGCAACAGCUUGGACUUUUAGGUAUGAAAAUACAAACCUAGAAGAAAGUUGCAGCCAAAUAAGAAAAACGUCGUGUCAUAGUUGGAUGUUGAUGAAACAUGCGAGCAAAAAAUAAUAAUUUUUAAUGCAAAAUAGAGGCAGGGGCUUAUUUGUUGAUCUUAAAAGAGCUUGUUGGAAAAGCUAAGUAAAGCAGAGCGGUCUAAACAAACUAAACCCUUUUAUUUCCUGCCUCUUUAAAUCACCUCCACGUGUCUGUGAUCAACUAAGGUUUACUGAUACCAGUUCAUUCAUGUUUACCACUGUUUAUUUGUUCAUACCACAGAAAUAUUUAUUGUCAGAUAAAAAAAAAUAGAUAUCUGUACACUGUGUAUGUUAUGCACACAAGUCUUAAUCUCGAUGUGUUCAUAAAGUUCCCAAGUAAACCCUUUAUUGAAUCCCAUUUAUCCUGCUGGACUAAUCACAGCUGUGGUUAUUAUAUUGUACUGUAAGUUAUUGAUCAAAGCCCUAGCAGACGUUAGGUCCUUGUGCCACAAAGUUAGAAAAUAUAUGAAAUAGCAUGAAAUUUACACAUUAAAUGUUAUUUAUAGAUGAUAUAUAUAUGAAAGGAAGACAUAAUGGCUAAAUGUUUCUUUCAUUUUGUCUUAAAUGUCCCACUGCUCGUUUUAUCAGGCUGCUACAUGGUUUUAUAUAUUAACCGUCUAUUUCAAAAUGGAACGAAAUUGGUGUAUUGUAAACAAUUAUAAACAGUAUAAAAAAAACCUGACUUUUCAAAGCAUGAAUUUUCAUUUGACACCUACAUAUGUAAGGAACAUCUAUUUAUGGAAUUUUAAGAUGGGGUACCAUUUUGUUUGUUCGCUAAAAAAAAGCCAAGAAGAUGUUUGCCACUGUAAUUACAAGAGUAUUAAAGCAGAUGAUAUGCAUAAA